GCCAUGGCGGCUGUGGCGGCAGUGCGGACGCGUAUCCUGCAGGUUUCUUCCAAGGUAAACUCCAUCUGGUAUCCAGCAUCCUCCUUCUCUUCCUCUUCAGUGCCAACUGUAAAACUCUUCAUUGAUGGGAAAUUUGUUGAAUCCAAAAGUGACAAAUGGAUUGACAUCCACAACCCAGCCACCAAAGAGGUAAUUGGUCGGGUCCCUCAGGCCACCAGGGGUGAAAUGGAUGCAGCUGUUGCUUCCUGCAAACAUGCUUUUCCCACAUGGGCAGACACUUCAGUUUUAAGCUGUCAGCAGCUCCUGCUCUGCUAUCAACAACUUAUUAAAGAAAACUUGAAAGAAAUCGCCAGGUUAAUCACAUUGGAACAAGGAAAGACCCUAGCUGAUGCCGAAGGAGAUGUAUUUUGAGGCCUUCAGGUGGUUGAGCAUGCCUGUAGUGUGACAUUCCUCAUGAUGGGAGAGACCAUGCCAUCCAUCACCAAAGACAUGGACCUUUAUUCCUACUGUCUGCCCCUGGGUGUGUGUGCAGGCAUUGCACCAUUCAAUUUUCCUGCCAUGAUCCCCCUUUGGAUGUUUCCCAUGGCCAUGGUGUGUGGAAAUACCUUCCUAAUGAAACCAUCAGAGCGAGUCCCUGGAGCAACUAUGCUUCUAGCUAAGUUGCUCCAAGACUCUGGUGCUCCAGAUGGAACACUGAACAUCAUCCAUGGACAACAUGAAGCUGUAAAUUUUAUUUGUGAUCAUCCGGCCAUCAAAGCAAUCAGCUUUGUGGGAUCCAACCAGGCAGGAGAGUACAUCUUCGAGAGAGGGUCAAGACAUGGCAAGAGAGUUCAAGCCAACAUGGGAGCCAAGAACCAUGGAGUGGUCAUGCCAGAUGCCAAUAAGGAAAAUACCCUGAACCAGCUGGUUGGGGCAGCAUUUGGAGCAGCUGGUCAGCACGGCAUGGCUCUUUCAACAGCGAUUCUUGUGGGAGAUGCCAAGAAAUGGCUGCCAGAGCUGGUGGAGCGUGCCAAAAACUUGAGAGUCAAUGCAGGAGACCAGCCGGGAGCCGAUCUUGGCCCUCUGAUAACUCCCCAGGCUAAAGAGCGAGUCUGUAAUCUGAUUGAUAGUGGAACAAAGGAGGGUGAGUCCAUCCUCCUUGAUGGACGAAAAAUUAACGUUCAAGGCUAUGAAAAUGGCAACUUUGUUGGACCAACCAUCAUCUCAAAUGUCAAGGCAAAUAUGACCUGUUACAAAGAAGAGAUUUUUGGUCCAGUUCUUGUGGUUCUGGAGACAGAAACAUUGGAUGAAGCCAUCAAGAUUGUAAAUGACAACCCAUAUGGAAAUGGAACUGCCGUCUUCAUCACCAAUGGAGCCACAGCUCGAAAAUAUUCACACCUAGUGGAUGUCGGACAGGUGGGUGUGAAUGUUCCCAUUCCAGUGCCUUUGCCAAUGUUCUCAUUCACUGGCUCACGAUCUUCCUUCAGGGGAGACACCAAUUUUUAUGGCAAACAGGGCUUCCAAUUCUACACUCAGUUAAAGACCAUCACUUCUCAGUGGAAAGAAGAAGAUGCUACUCUUUCUUCACCUGCUGUAGUCAUGCCUACAAUGGGCCGUUAGAAAUAAGUUUAUUCCAGACUCAGUCCAUCAUAAGUAAUCUCCUUAUAUUGCUGACCAACUUCACUUGCCAACUUUGCUGAGAUAAUUACCAGUUCCCUGGGAUUGGAAUACCUUUGUUAACUAAGAUCUUUUUCAGGACCAUUCGCCCCUGCAAAGUUGCUAUAGGGAGACUCCUAGUAUAACUUCGAAACCAGAUUUUCACUCAUUCUUCAUACUUCCAUUUUUGAGGUAACUGUUGUAACUGUGAAAUGCUUAUCUGGAAUGAGAGCUUAGAUCUGUUUUUUUAAGAAUUCUCCCCUUUUAUGAAGACUGGAAAGAGGGGAAGGUUAGUGCAUAUAAAGAUCUUCCAAUAAUUGAAAGAAUUCUUGGAUGGGGAAAUAGGAUAGAAAUAAUUCACCCUUUGGUUGGUCCUCAAACACAGCUCUACAUAAAUGCCAAUGAGGGAGAGCCUCUGCCAAGUUUUCCUGAGUCUCUAAUUUAUCCCACACUACACAAAAAAUAAUCCAUUUCUCCUAAUUCCAACAUUGUAACAACUAUGUCUUUCUAUUCUGAGUGCCACUUUGUUGUCUUGAAGAUUCAUGACUAUUAUUUAACUUUAUUAUUGUCAGUGUUCCAGCUUCUUAAAAUCACCACUACUCAAGGAUUCUUUAGUGUACAUUGGGUAAAUCAACUUUUUUAUAAUGUGUGCCAAGUGUUAGAUUCAGGGUUUUCUUCAGCAAUCAUUAAUUAAUGCUUCAACCAUUAAUUAAGACCUUCAAGAUGCAAAAUUUAACCCAGAAAUUAAGGGGUGUCCCAAUCAUGUAAGAGGGCAAGACUUGCCCUAAGCAAGUCUAACCUGAUAUUACUUGUCUUACUAGAAUUUUAUAUAUUUCUUCCUCUUGCUUGCAUUUUUUAUUAGUGAUACUUUUUAAUGAAAAAAAAUCUUUAAUUUGGAGUAAUUGGCAGGGGCCUAAGAAAUUUCAAAGCUUUUUGUGACACAAAGUAAAAAAAAAAAAAAAAUGGCUUGACAGAAUUCUACUGCUACUAUUAAUUGAAGUGUCUUUAUGCUUUUUGUUUCUUUGAUAUAU